AUUCACUUCAAAUCUUGUGUUUAUGAUCUUAAAAAUGCAGCGGUUUUUAAGGUUGAUUUUGUUUUCUCCGAUUCGAUUCUCUGUAUAAUGCGAUCCCACUCAUAUGUGACUAAUUGGGUUUUUGCCCAUAUAAAGGAAGCAAAAUUCAGGUGAUGAAGGAAAAAGAUGAAGAUGUCGGCUUUGAAGUGAAGAAAUUGGAGAUUUAACAAAUUCAGAAGUUUGAGGGAAAUUUACAGCAUUGGAAUCCCUCUAGACACUGCUGGUUAGGAUUGGGAAUGGAGGAAUUAACAGCUGCAAGAUCAAGAAAUCCCCUAAGCAGCUGAAUCGUGUGACCAGAAAGGGGCUGAUUGUUGUGAAUUGUGAUCGUCUGCUUUUCUUUUACUUGAGAUUCUUGAAUCUGAUUUCUGAUAGCGUUCGAGCGAGAGAGAGAUUUUCAUGUCUCGGAAGCUGAUUUCUACAAGAGUUUAUGGUCAAGACAUGGACUUCCCAACAUCACUUAUUUUGCUUGGCCGGACACAAGAAGGUGGGUUGGGAUUUAGAGUUAGACCACUUUGACAUGUUUACUUCUUUGAGAUUGAGCUACCCUAUUUUGGAAACCAAAGGAACCUCGACUUCACUAUGAUUUACCUCCGAGCCCUCCGACUCUUCCCAUCAUUGGUCAUCUUCACCUUCUUCUCUCUGUUCUAGUCCACAGAUCUUUACAGACACUCUCCACCAAGUAUGGGUCUAUUCUCUAUCUUCGCGUCUUCAGUUUCCCUGUAGCCCUCGUCUCCUCAGCAUCUAUUGCUUAUGAGAUCUUCAGGGAACACGACGUGAACAUCUCGUCUCGUGGUUUCCCUCCUACCGAUGAUUCCCUUUUUGCUGGAUCUUUCAGCUUCACCUCUGCUCCCUAUGGAGAUUACUGGAAGUUCAUGAAGAAGCUCCUGGUCACGAACUUGCUUGGACCCCAGGCACUCGAGCGGUCACGAGGAUUCCGUGCAGAUGAGCUAGAUCUGUUUUACGAGAACCUGUUGGAUAAAGCGAUGAAGAAGGAGAGCGUGGAUAUCUGUGUGGAGGCGUUGAAGCUCAGUAACAACAGCAUCUGCAAGAUGAUCAUGGGGAGGAGUUGUUCAGAGGAGAAUGGUGAGGCAGAGAGAGUUAGGGCUUUGGCUACCCAGUUAGAUGGCUUGACGAAGAAGAUCUUAUUGGCGAACAUGUUGCGUGCGGGGUUUAAAAAGCUUGUUGUCUCACUGUUUAGAAAGGAAAUGAUGGAUGUUUCCAGCAGAUUUGAUGAGCUGCUCGAAAGGAUCCUUGUGGAACAUGAAGAUAAACUGGACAUGCAUCAUCAAGGUACAGACUUAGUGGACGCGUUGUUGGCAGCUUGUCGGGACAAAAAUGCAGAGUAUAAGAUCUCUAGGAACCAUAUCAAGUCGUUUUUCGCGGAUCUCUUAUUUGCAAGCACUGACACCUUUGUGCAAACAACACAGUGGACAGUGGCGGAGAUCAUUAAUAACCCUAAUGUUCUUGAGAGAUUGAGAGGAGAAAUCGAUUCCGUGGUCGGGAAAGCAAGGUUGAUUCAAGAAACUGAUUUGCCAAACCUCCCUUAUUUGCAAGCGGUGGUCAAGGAAGGGCUAAGACUGCAUCCGCCGGGGCCUCUCUUUGCAAGGUUCUCCCAAGAAGGGUGUAGGAUCGGAGGGUUCUAUGUACCGGAGAAAACAACAUUAAUGAUUAAUGCUUAUGCUGUGAUGAGAGAUUCUGAUUCUUGGGAAGAUCCUGAUGAGUUUAAACCAGAGAGGUUUCUAGCUUCGUCAAGAUCAGAGCAGGAAAAGGAGAGAAGAGAGCAAGCAAUUAAGUACAUUGCUUUCGGAAGCGGACGAAGAAGCUGUCCUGGAGAAAAUCUAGCAUAUAUCUUUUUAGGAACUGCAAUUGGAGUGAUGGUACAGGGAUUUGAGUGGAGAAUCAAAGAAGAGAAAGUUAACAUGGAAGAGGCUAAUGUAGGACUGAGCUUGACCAUGGCUUAUCCUCUUAAGGUCACUCCUGUUCCUCGAACCCUAGUCCCCUUAACUCAGAAUCCACUGAACCGGAGUUCAUGAAUCUUUGUGAUGUUUGCGGCUUCUUGGCUCCCUGGAUUUACAACGUUUUCCUGGCAAACUCAUCAAAUUUCUUCAAACCAAUGCUCGCAUAUUCAUCAGAACAAGCUCCUCGACAUCAACGCACUCUCACAACUCACAAGCUCCAAGCUAGCCUUCAAUAUCUUCAUUCAACCAUAAUCUCACUUGGAAACCAAGCUCAAGACAAAACUCCUAUGACUGUGAUCUGCCUCCAAGCCCUCCUUCUAUGCCAAUCAUCGGCCAUCUUCACCUUAUCCUCUCUUCUCUUGUCCACAAGUCUUUUCAAAAAAUCUCCUCCAAGUACGGACCUCUCCUCCAUCUCCGCAUCUUCAACGUCCCCAUAGUCCUCGUCUCCUCUGCGUCAGUGGCCUACGAUAUCUUCAGGGUGCACGAUGUAAACGUCUCUUCUCGCGGUCCCCCUCCAUUCGAGGAGUCACUCUUGUUCGGAUCUUCCAGCUUCAUCAGCGCUCCCCUCCCUAUGGAGAUUACUGGAAGUUCAUGAAGAAGCUAAUGGUCACAAAGCUGCUUGGACCGCAUGCACUCGAGAGGUCACGAAAAAUCCGUGCAGAUGAACUAUACCGGUUAUACACAAACCUGCUUGACAAGGCGAUGAAGAAGGAGAGUGUUGAGAUCGGUAAGGAAACAAUGAAGCUCACUAACAAUACCAUUUGCAAGAUGAUCAUGGGGAGGAGUUGUUCGGAAGAGAACGGUGAGGCAAAAAUAGUCAGGGGUUUGAUUGCCGAGUCAUUUACUUUGUCGAAGAAAUUUUUCUUGGCAGCAACUUUGCGCAGGUUGCUGGAAAAGCUCGGGAUCUCGUUGUUCCAGAAGGAGAUAAUGGGUGUUUCCCGUGGAUUCGACGAGCUACUAGAGAGGAUUCUGAGGGAGCAUGAAGAGAAACCGGACGAGCAUCAUGAUACAGACAUGAUGGACGCAUUGUUGGCUGCUUAUAAUGACGAAAAAGCCGAGUAUAAGAUCACUAGAAACCAGAUCAAGGCGUUUAUAGUGGAUAUGUUCAUAGCGGGCACUGACAUCUCAGCGCUAACGACACAGGGGACAAUGGCUGAGAUCAUUAACAACCCUAACGUUCUUGUGAGAAUUAGAGAAAAAAUCGAUUCUGUUGUAGGGAAAUCAAGGUUGAUUCAAGAAACGGAUCUACCAAAGCUCCCUUACUCACAAGCGGUAGUCAAAGAAGGGCUGAGAUUGCACCCGCCUACGCCUCUCAUGGUAAGGGAGUUCCAAGAAGGGUGUAAGGUCAAAGGUUUCUACAUACCAGCGAGCACAACCCUUGUUGUUAAUGGUUAUGCUGUGAUGAGAGAUCCAAAUGUCUGGGAAGAGCCUGAGGAGUUUAAGCCGGAGAGGUUUCUAGCUUCUUCAAGAUUAAGGGAAGAAGAAGAGAUAAGAGAGCAAGCCCUCAAGUACAUUGCAUUUGGUAGCGGAAGGAGAGGAUGUCCUGGAACAAAUAUAGCGUAUAUCUUUGUAGGAACGGCGAUUGGAAUGAUGGUGCAAUGCUUUGACUGGAAAAUCAAAGGAGACAAGGUUGACAUGAAAGAGGCCAUUGGAGGACUGAACCUGACAUUGGCUCAUCCCCUUAAGUGCACUCCUGUUGCUCGAUCCCCAAAACCUUUUUAAGUUCAAAUUAUUAAAACCGAUGUUCGAUGUUUGAUGUUGGUGACUGGACUAUAGUGUUGUAAGAUGAAUGAAGUUAUAAUAAUAACGAAGCUUGCU